AAUAAUAAAAUAAUAAAUUCAACUAUAAACACAAAACAAAACAAAUCAGUGGUUGCUGAUAAGCAUCAAGAAAGUGUUGUUGUUACCAUGAACGACGACGAAGACGACAAAAAGGUUUGGAGCUGGCAGAGUGUAAAACCGAAACCCAAGGCAAUCAAGAGACCAAAUCAAGACUCUCCAAUAUUGCUAAAGAAAAAAAUCGCUCUGGACUUUGCUCCCAGCACCAGCACCAAUCAAUUCUCUCUCCUAAGCGACAGCACGCCAAAUAACGGAAAUGAAGACGAAACUGAAACACUGGAUAUAAUAACUGAAGACACCUUAGAUGAAUCUGCCAAGCCACCACCUAUAUUCCUAUCUGAAGUCAACGAUAUUAAAGGAAUGCUAGCUUAUCUCGAGUCUAAAACUAAAAAAGAGCUCUUCUUUUAUAAAGUACAACGCGAUGGUCAUGUGAGAGUAAUGGUAAAGACCAUUGAAGAAUACAGGAAACUUGUUAAAACCCUUACUACAGACCUUGUCAAAUUCCACACAUACCAGCUUAAACAAGAAAGGGCAUUCAGAGUCGUUAUUAAGAACUUGCACUUCUCUACGGAUAUCGAUUUAAUUAAACAAGAUGUACAGUCCAAAGGCCACACUAUAUUGAGCCCAACAAUAAGAACUUAGACAUUUACAAAGUUAAAUAUAUUGGUAACGCUGUUGUUAACAUAGAACCUCCCCGCAAAACUAAAGAGAUCGUUCAGUGCUAUCGAUGCCAGGAAUUUGGACACACAAAGUCAUAUUGUGCCAAAACUCACAGGUGCGUGAAAUGUUCUUCUAACCACCCCAGCAACAUUUGUCCAAAAGAUAAAGAGCAACCAGCAAAAUGUGCCAACUGCAAAGAAGAUCAUGCUGCUAGCUACAAAGGGUGCAAAGUCUAUCAGGAACUUAUAUCAAAAAAAUUUGUAAGCGGACUCAACCACCUGAAAAACACCAAAGAUAACAAUAAUAAAAAUGACCUUGGUACAUCUCAAUCAUUUGCUCCGUUUAGUAAUUCGACACAACAACCCAAAGACUUCCAAUCAUACGCUCAAGUUGCUGCAGGAAAUAGCGUCUCGAACGCGUCUCUAGAAAAAAUAGAACAGCUUCUAGAGAAACAAUUCGAGCUAACAAAUAAUUUACUUAACAUGAUAAUGUUACUUGUAAAUAAGUUAUGCAAGUAAAUCUAAACUUAGGAAUAUGGAAUGCCAACGGGCUUUCCAAUCAUUUAAAUGAAAUAACUUUAUUUUUAAAAACAAAUGCCAUCGACGUCAUGCUCAUUUCAGAAACACACUUCACUAGCAAAUCUUAUUUUCAAAUUACUGGAUACGAUACAGUAAGAGCUGACCAUCCGUCAGAUAGAGCUCAUGGAGGUGCCGCAAUUAUUGUCAAGCGCGGCCUUAAAUUUAAAAUCAUGGACAGUACUAGAGAAAAUGCCAUACAGGCUGCGACAAUUGAGAUAAAAUGUAUGCAUGCUGACGUAUCAGUAACAGCGAUUUAUCUCCCACCAAGAUUCUCAAUAAAAGAACCGGAUUUUAAAAACUUUUUCGAAAGACUGGGAACAAAGUUCAUUGUGGGAGGCGACUUCAAUGCCAAACAUCCAUGGUGGGGAUCCAGACUGACAAACCCGAAAGGAUCGGAGCUAUACAAAUGCAUACGAAACAAUAAUAUUACCACAUUGUCAACUGGAAAGCCUACAUACUGGCCAACAGAUAAUCAAAAAAUUCCAGAUCUAAUGGACUUCGUAAUAUUCUCUGGAAUUCCACAAUCACACAUGCGUGUAAUGGAAAACUUCGACCUUAACUCAGAUCAUUCUCCAAUAAUAGCAACAUACAGCACAAUAGCCCAUAUGCUGGAAAAGCCCUAUAAAGUCAUUACAGCCUCUACAGACAUUAACGCAUUUAAAAGCUAUUUGGACUCAGCUGUAAGCCUGGACAUUUCGUUAAAAACAGGAGAAGAGAUAGACUAUGCUGUGGAGCUUUUCACAAAUACAAUUCAUAAAGCGAGCUAUAGAAACACGAAUCAUGCUCCUAAUCUUCAACAACCAAAUCAAUUGUACCUUUCAACCGAACUUCGACAAAAAAUACAAAAUAAAAGAAAUCUGCGAAAA